AUGGCCGAAGUCGAUGAAUACUUUGAUAACCAUGUUCUAUCUGUGUGUGCUGCUUUGGGAGGGUAUGAGACUGUAGAGAAGGGCGUCGAGCCUGUCUAUGUUCCAGGAGAUGAUUCAAUUGCAUGUCUUCGGGAUCUAAAGAGGUUUCUUCGAACGGCUGAGCAAACCAAGGACAGGCAUGUGCACAAUCUGCUACGCAAGUGGAAUGUGCUACAAAACGAUCUACUUCCACUACUCAUUACUAGUGUCCGUUCAAACAAUCUCAAGGUUGCUGCCCUCGUGUGCGAGCUGCUGGUUCCACUCACUUGGCCGUAUGACCAAAAUGGUCAGUCAAAAUAUCAGGACGAAAUCAAGGAAUAUCAAGAAGCAUUCCUCAAGGAUAAUGUGAUUUCGUCUGUUUUGACAGUUCUGAUUCAUCUUUUCUCAAUUCCAUACAAACAACGGGCCGAAAAUGAUCAUACUCGACUACGCCUUUUUUUUAGUUUAUUUCGAAACUUGAUUGCUGCAAAUGACGUGCAGGUUGCAGUUACUGCGUCUGCCGAAUCACAUUGGAGAUCUGUCCAUCAGGAACGAUUGAUCAUACAGCUUGAAAAAGAUGGAAUUAUUGAUCUUUUACUAUCGAUUUGUGGAAGCUUAUCCAGCGAAGAGUUUGAAGGAUGGAAUGUUUUGAUUUUGGAAAUUAUUUACAUGAUUUUCCAUCGACGAGAUAUCUCGGAACUGUUCAUAGAGAAACCUAAAGGAGAGCAACUGGCCACAUUGCUGAAAAAAGAACAAUCCUUGAAAACAGCAUGUUCAAACCCAAAACAUUCUCGACAUUCUCGAUUUGGAGGAACAUUGACAGUGUCUCUACCGAAUGGGUCUAGGAUCAACACUCGCGAUAUUACCACUAAAGAUGUGCUAAAGGACAUUGCUAUUACGGACAUUCCUAGAGGGAAAACUCGCAAUUUGGCUGCUAUAGACAGUAAAAUCUCCAUCGAAUCUCCAACAGUUCGAAAAUUAUUUGGCAAGAUUGCAUCAACUUUUGUCAGUGAUGCGUUUAACGACUUGGCCAUAUCCUUGAAACGCGAUUUUGAUCGUGAAAAGACAUCACUAAAGGACAGCGACAACAUGCAUUAUCUAUGGCUCUGUCAGUUUGCUUUUAGUUUUAGACGCAUGUCUUGCAUUGGAAGUACUCCUAUUGGUGUGGAUUCCAUACUUGGUGUGUUUAAUGUGCCAAAUCUUGCAUUCACCAUCCGUCGUCUCACCGCAAGUCGUGACGAAAAGAACCCAUUGGAAACAACACAAUGUCUCCGUUUUUUGGAUGAAUUGUUGUUGGUUGUUGAAGAACUCUCUCAGUCAAGCAAUGAUGAGCUUUGCGAUUUAUCCACUCAGCUUAUAUCAGCUCUAUACUAUGAGCACGGCAAUGCUUUGCUUUUGAGAAGUUUAUGUAAAGAAUUUAAACAGCAUACUAAAAGCUAUCUAGAAGCAUUAGUUGCCUGCAUUGACACAUUAAUUAAUGUGACAAAGCGGAACACUGCUAAAAGAGGCUUUUUAAUCACCAGAAAAAAGGUUAAAAAACUUCAAAAUGAUGCUCAAAAUACAGAGGAUCAAGGCAGGUCUUGGUUUCAUAUCAUGUACAAUGAGUCUGAUACAGAGGAAAGUCGGCACCAAGAGCAAUAUACAGAAAAUGCCUUUGAUUUCAAGUCCUAUGUUGCAGGAUUUGCAUCCGAAUCAACAGUUGUUACAUAUUGCAAACUGCUUAAAUACUAUCCUGAUUUGUCGCCAACAAUUGCAACAAAAAUCUUGAGCAUGUUCAAGCGCCUGUUUUGUGAACAAAAAUAUCAUGAACCAUUUUUCAAGCUAUCCGUUCUUGCUCUUCUAUAUCAUGUUUCGACCAAAAAUGUUGGCUCAACUGCAGCCCUUCUUGGGAAAGAGUUUGAAGAAUUUACGAAAUUGGUUUCAAAAGCGCUUAUUACGAAAAUAUCUAGAAAUAAGGAUAGGGGACCUUUGGAGAUGAUCAAUAUUCUUUUUAGUUCAACAUCGGGUAAUGUAGAUAAUUCACAAACAACAAAACUUGAUGAGGAUGUGCUUAGGAAUUCAAUUAGCGACACAAUCUUUUGCGUCGCAGCACUCGAGUACUGGCUGGGUACUGCCAUGCGUCAAGAUAUCAAGGCCACUUUAUUCAAGGAACUUCGAGAUUCUUUUACAGCAGCUUUGCAACAUACAACGAUGCCUGCUUUUUCUGAAAUGAUCCAAAAGUUGAUACAUACCAGUGAUGAAUUGCAAAUUUUAUUUGAAGCGGCAUGUCUGAGUCUAAAUCAUGAGCAUGGAUCGCUUAGUAUUCCAGUAAUGUGGAGCAACAGUGAUCUAGUAGCUGCUAUUCAAACAAUUGAUAUUUUGCAAGGACAUAAGCGAUCUGCUCGCCCUAGAUCUGGUAGCUCUUUUAAAAAAGCCAAAACGGCUGAACCAGUCAACAACCUGUCUUCAAAGUUUGUUGAAGAAAGUGAUGAGGAUGAGGAAACAACAGCGAUAUUUUUUGAGCGGGAGGCGGAAUUGCGCAAGGCUGCAGAGAAUGCUUGGAAAAUGCAAGCGUCCAAAAAUGCAGUUUAACGAAAUUGAUUGUCUGUACGUUAAUCAUAAGCUGUUGUGGUUGACAUGAGCACUGAUUAUAAACCUGAUACUUUUUGAGCAUAUUUGGGUUAUGGUUUAAGCGCUUCUGCUAAAAAUAAUGAACGAGGUAUUGAUCAAUU